UAAAUAAAUUCAUAUUAUUUUAUUAUAUUUAAUUAUAUUUAAUAAAUCAAAUAUUUUUAUUUGAUUAAUAUAUAUAUAUACACAUACAUAUAUAUAAGAAUAAGUAAACAACUUGAAAUUAGUAGUAUAAAUUUUAUCAUUAGGUCAUGACUUCAAUUUUUUUCGUUGUAUACAUAUAAUCUUUCGUAUAUUAAAUACAAUUCUUACUUAUUGUUAGUUAGAAAAAUGACGUGGUGGUUUGCCAAAGUACUAAUCAAAUUAUUCAUAUUUUUUACUAUAAGUAAUCACAUUUUGACAGAAAGUUCAAAACUAAAUAUUUUGGAUUAUGUUAAGAAAAAUUUGUAUAAUUUUCGUAAUGACAAUUUGAAAGAUUUUAUUUUUACACUCUCGAAUUCGUCAAAGUACAUUAACAAUCGAAUAAAUUUCAAAUCAAAUCAAGUUGAUUGUUUCGGUUUAGGAAAAGGAUUAGCUAGAAUUUUGGAAUGGUUUUUUUUAAGUAAUCCAAAUGGAACAAAUGCUUUGGAUGUUCAAUUUUUCCUUUCUUCAAGAAGACAACCAAAACGUGUUCAAGUUAUGAUUGGUAAACAAUUUGGUUUAGAAUGGACAGACUUUCAAAUCGAACGACUAACGAUCAUUAUAGUUCAUGGAUUCUUAUCUCAUGGUCAAGAAUCGUGGAUUAAUGAAAUGGAAAAAUCAUUCCUCCUAUGGAAUGACGUUAAUAUCAUAGUUGUAGAUUGGAGUGCUGGAGGUAAUACUUGGAAUUAUUAUAAAGCCGCAGUUAACACGAAAAUAAUAGGAUAUCAAAUUGCAAGAUUUUUAGAACACAUAACAAAUGCAACAAGUGCUCAAAAUGAUUUCAACAAUAAUUGGGGGCAAUUAUAUUUAGUAGGCCAUAGUCUCGGAGCACAUAUUUGUGGUUUUACUGCGAAAGAAUUGAAAAAAAGACAAAACAAAUGGAAAAUACUAAGAAUAACAGGGUUAGAUCCUGCACAACCUUGUUUCAGAAAUGUAGACUCCAGUAUGAAACUUCAUAAAUCUGAUGCGUCAUUUGUCGAUAUUAUUCAUACUAAUGGCAGAUUACUUUCUAAAAUCGGAUUAGGUUUACCAGAACCAAUAGGUCACAUUGAUUUCUAUCCUAAUGGUGGUAAAACUCAGCCUGGUUGCAUAAAGAUCAAUUCUUCGUACUUCGAAUAUUUACCAAUUCCACUUGGAGAAAUUAAUAAUGCUAUAUGCAGUCAUGGACGUUCAUAUAUUUAUUUGACGGAAUCUUUAAUUUCCGAGGUGAAACAAAAUUGUACUUUUUGGGCGCACCAUUGGAAUUUAUCUUACCAGAACUUGUUGCAAAUAGUAACAGAAUCUUGUAAUAAAAAUAUUUGUACUGAAAUGGGUAUAAACGCAAUAAAGUAUUCUCAUCGAGGAACAUUUUUUGUCGCAACUUCCGAUACUUCACCUUUUUGUAGUAAGAAAUAUAUAAAAUAUAAAAAUUGUGUUAUAUUUGCUCACUUGUAUAUCUGUAUAAUGAUAAAUUUUUUAAUUUUUAUAGUUAAUGACACUCGCAUAAUUGCUGAACUAGUAAUUCAACUGAAAAAAGAUUUCCCAGACGAAUUUUAUGAUUAAAAUGAAUAAUUUAUGAAUAAAUUAAUAGUAUAUGUAUUUUUGAUUGAUAAAUAAAAGAACUUUACUUCAAA